GGUCUGCGUCUGUAUUAGCAACAGCUUAGCUCAAGGCUUAAUCAAAGCAGUUGUCUGUCAGAAAUACCAGAUUGAAGGGAAGCAAGGGGGAAGAUUGUCCUGAAAUAAACUCCUCACUCAAGCGGGCUUUAUCUGAAAACCCAGCUAACUCUUUCAAGUGCGUUGGAGAGUGCAAAGUUGCAAGAAUGGAAAGCUCAAAAGAAUGUCUAUAGCCCCUCCCCCUGCAUUUAAGAUUAUGUUAAUGUCCAAACAUUGUUAAUGAUCCAGGUUCCAGACAGAACCAGGCAGCGUCCUGACAGGUUCCAGACAGAACCAAAGACAGAGUCCCGCAGAAGCUGAAAUGGAAAUGAGGUGAUUGGCAGCAGCUACUUUCCACUGGUGAUUUUAAAUUGAUUUCUGAUACUCUCAUUGGUGGCGCCAGGGAGGCCCCAUUGACCUGCCAGGACUCUCCAGUCUGAGCUGAACCCACCUUGACACAUGGCCCCCUGGCUCUUCAAAGCACUGCCUCUUCAUGGUCCUUGCUGGUGAGGCCCUUAAGAACACAGAAACCCAUGUCAGCAGAUAACCAGCCUACAGGAGGCCAAGACUAAUGUCAUAUUUGAUGUUUGUGCUCAGCAACAUCUCUGGAGGAGUUCUGGAUGGAUGGCAGCUGGAAGCCCAUUGCCAUAGCCAGCUCAUCUUCAACAUUGAAGCAGUUACCUGGGCAUUAAGUAAUGAAAAUUUUGAAACCAUAUAUGAGGAAUACAUCCAUCUCGUGCUACUUGUGUUUCCUUCUAAACAGUCACUUUUUAACUGAGGCUGGCAUUCAUGUCUUCAUUUUGGGCUGUGUCAGUGUAGGUCUCCCUAAAACAGAGGCCAACUGGAUAGAUGUAAGAUAUGACCUGGAGAAAAUUGAAAGCCUUAUUCAAUCUAUUCAUAUCGACACCACUUUAUACACUGACAGUGACUUUCAUCCCAGUUGCAAAGUUACUGCAAUGAACUGCUUUCUCCUGGAAUUGCAGGUUAUUUUACACGAGUACAGUAACAUGACUCUUAAUGAAACAGUAAGAAACGUGCUCUACCUUGCAAACAGCACUCUGUCUUCUAACAAGAAUGUAGCAGAAUCUGGCUGCAAGGAAUGUGAGGAGCUGGAGGAGAAAACCUUCACAGAGUUUUUGCAAAGCUUUAUCCGCAUUGUCCAAAUGUUCAUCAACACGUCCUGACUGCACGCGAGCCUCUUCCGUGUUUCUGUUAUUAAGGUACCUCCGCCUGCUGCUCAGAGGCAGCACAGCUCCAUGCAUUUGAAAUCUGCUGGGCAAACUAAGCUUCCUAACAAGGAGAUGAUGAGCCACUUGGAUCACAUGAAAUCUUGGAAAUGAAGAGAGGAAAAGAGCUUGUCUCGGACUUAUUUUUGCUUGCUUAUUUUUAAUUUAUUGCUUCAUUUGUACAUAUUUGUAAUAUAACAGAUGUGGAAUAAAGUUGUAUGGAUAUUUUAUCAAUUGAAA